AUGUAUGAAUCCACAGGCUGUGGAACCCAGGACGUCGCAGCGGCAGGAAAUCAUGGCAACCACGGGGUCCUAAUGCAAGCGUGGGGACACGCAGGCGGUCGGGAACAACACCAAAAGCAACAGCAAGAGCACCAGCAAUACGAACACCAUCGUCACAAUCAGCGACGACAUGCACCUCAAAUAUUGGAGUCUUCGCCGCCACCAACCGAUACGCCGUCACCAGAAGCAGGGGGCAGAUCGUCUCCAACACAAACCGUCGAGAAGUUGGCUCGCAGACUGAGCAGGCAGAACUUGCAGUUGGGUCAACAAAGCUAUGCUCCAGUGCAGACGCCGGAAUCCACAUCGAGCUUGCCAAAUGUCUUACAAAUACCCAAGUCUCGCGAGUGGACCGAGCCUGAAGCCUAUACCCAACCACAACAGGCCUUUGCUCACCGGCCAGUGUACAGCCGCAUAGCUCCAUGGCUGCUUUCAGUGCCUGACAUGAACGAGCCGAUCGAGGUGGAUGAGGCCUUUGCCGGAGAACCUAGCGAAGACCGGCCUGACUCUAAGCGUUUCCGCCCAUGGGAGAGCGCACAUCUCCAGGGUGGCUACAUCAACAGCCGCCCAGUCGACCUUAGCAUACAGAGCAUGAUCGCAACCGAGACAACAUGUAGCGUGCGCGAUGAAGCCCCACUCGUACCAACAAUAUCGCCACCAUCAACAUCAUCCGAGCUGGCGACAAGGCCCGAAGCGGCCAGUCAUCUACCCGUCAUAGAACCCGAGCUUCAGUACGCCAUGCCGCGCUGCGACCUUGAGCCCGACGACGCAGGGGACGAAGAAAUGGGUGAUGUUCUUAAGGAGGAGCUCUCUCCGGUCGAGAGUGGUAUUCUGCGGGCCGCGAGGGGCCCAGGAAGAAUCAGAAAGUACACUGUCGACGGUGUGUCGUUGCGGUACCGGCUAGCGGUCGAUGCCGCAUUACGCUGCGGCACCGUGGUGCGAAGCCGUCCCAGGAUGCGCAAGCGGCAUAAAACACGACAUGGAAGCGUCCCGUCUCCGGCAGCAGUAUCGGCAGCACCUUCACCUGCUAUAUCAACUUUGCCAUCGGCAUUGCCACAGCCACAUCCCUCUCCGCCGCCAUGA